AUGCAGCAAAUAUGCGCCGACGCUUCCUCGCGGGGAGGUCGAAGACGUUGUCACGGUUGCAGUGGGAGAGACCAGCAUCCGUUCAUUGCAACGUGGGUUAGGAUGGACGUCGUCAGGCCGCCAUCGUGCGAUGCGCCUCCUGACGUCUUUGGAAUUCACGAAUGGUUGCGUGUGGUCAGUCGAACGACGCAUGAUGCCAGUGGACUCAAGUUGGAAAAGAUGGGUCGCCAGCUACUUGAUGAAGUGCACACCACGAAAUUCCUUGACGCGUUUUUCAGCGUCGUGCAGUGCAGAUCUCAAUGCAACACAGCAAUGCGCACGGUCUUCAUCGGUUCAACCAGCGUGUCGACCGGGUCUACUCGUGCACCAGACAAGAGCCACCAGGAGAUCGAAUCUCGAGGCCGCGAACGCACACGAACGUGCUCAGUGGGGGGGGGCACCGAGAAGGUUUGCGCCUCCGCAACCACGAAUGGAAGUCGUAGCUUCCAAAAGAAGGUCCUGCAGGAGCAGCAGAGAACGCACACGACAGUCCCCUUCCGUGUGACACUUGCCAUCGUCAAAUUGCACUUCCCACGUGGGAAACGUUGA